AUCAUCUCCGCUUCUCCUCGCGCUUCUCCUUCGGAUAUCGCGGCGCCCACUUCGUCUUCUUCGGCGUCGCUCGUUCCCCAUUCCCCCACGAUUCUAGGGUUAGGGUUAGGGUUUGGGUUUCCUCUCCCUCCUCCGAGCUCCCUCUCAUGGUGAUCCGGCCCCCCGAGCUGGGCAUGGCCGUCGCUGGGAUCGGAGCCGUCUCCAAGACCCCCUUCCCCCUCCGCGCCCCGCUCUUCCUCUGCGCCCGCCGCCGCCGCCGCAGCUCCGCCGCCGCCGCCGUCGAGACCGCGGCGGAGCCGCGCCGUUCUCCGCCGUCCCCGCCGCCUCCGGCUUCCGAUGGAACUGGGGGUGAAGGAUCCGAGGGCCCGGAGUGGAAGAUGCUGAGUUCGAAGGAGCUCGGGAUCAGGACUUCGAUGAUCUCGAAGCCUACGAAAUCCGUUCUCAAUAGGCUUAGAACAAAAGGGUAUGAUGUGUACCUGGUUGGGGGCUGCGUACGAGACCUCGUAAUGAAGAGGACUCCGAAAGAUUUUGACAUUAUAACUACGGCGGACCUUAAAAAGGUGCGAGAAGCAUUUCCAAGAUGUGAUAUAGUCGGGAAGCGUUUUCCUAUUUGCCAUGUGCAUAUCAAUGACUCCAUCGUGGAGGUCUCAAGUUUUAGUACUUCUUUACAAAAUCCGAAAAACAACUUAAUCCGACGUGCAAGAAGAUCCGACUGUGGUGAGGAUGAUGAUCUUAGAUGGAGAAACUGUCUGGGACGGGAUUUUACUAUUAAUGGGCUGAUGUUUAAUCCGUAUUCCAAUCUAGUUUACGAUUAUUUGGGUGGCAUGGAAGAUAUUAAGAAAGCCAAAAUUCGGACUGUAAUUCCUGCAAGCACUUCAUUCCAGGAGGACUGCGCUCGAAUUCUGCGUGCAAUCAGAAUUGCUGCUCGCUUGGGCUUCAGCUUUUCAAGAGAAACAGCUCAUUCCGUGAAGAAUCUCGCCUGCACUGUGCUAAGACUCGACAAGGGUAGAAUCCUCAUGGAAAUGAAUUACAUGCUUGCAUACGGUUCGGCUGAAGCUUCUUUGAGGUUGCUUUGGAAAUUUGGCCUUUUGGAACUUCUGUUACCUAUUCAGGCGGCAUAUUUUGUUUCACGUGGUUUUAAAAGGCGAGAUGAAGGAACUAACAUGCUACUGGCGUUUUUCUCUAACUUGGACAAGCUUCUUGCGCCCAACAAACCAUGCCACAGUUGCAUAUGGAUCGGGAUUCUAGCAUUUCAUCAAGCGCUGGUUUAUCGACCGCGAGAUCCUUUGGUGGUGGCCACGUUCACCCUCUCUCUCCACAACGGCGGAGAUUUGCCAGAAGCCGUGAAUAUAGCGAGGAGGAUUACCCAUCAGCACGACGCUAGCUUCCCGGAACUGUUGCAACCACAAGCGUGGGUAAGAGACGAGGAUUUGGUCACUGAGGUACUGGACCUCGCCAAGUCUGUGAGCAUUGCGUUGAGUUCGAUGACCGAUGAGCAUGUGGUUUCACAAGCAAUGGCGAGGUACCCUCAGGCACCGUAUUCGGAUCUCGUAUUUAUCCCGCUGCAAUCGUACUUGAAGGUUUGCCGAACAUUCGAGUGUGUUCGCAAAACCCAGAGGGAGAGCGGCUUCAUUCCGAAACGCGGCAGCAACAUAAACUACUUAAAUCUGGCCCACGGCGGGCUCGCGGAGGCCCGACACGUCCUGGCCCGGGUUGUUUUCGACACCGCGUUCCCUCCGAAGCUCGAGAAGCGAGGCCAACAUGUCCAAACCGAGGAUCAAAAGUAGAUGACGAAGAGAAUGCAUUAUUCGGAGACUCGCAGCUAAUAGAGAGCAACACCUGCCUCUUUCUCUUAAUGGCAUUAUUACUGCAGGUACCGCACGGUGUUUUCGUGAAAUGAAGCUCGCCGGGGUUGGAUUAGUCGGGAAAUUGAACGAAGAGCAGCGGUGGGUGCGAAGAAAACAAUCUUGGGAGUAUUCACUCCCAGGUAAAAUGCCUGCUUCUGCACGGAUAACAUGUGCAAUCUUAUGGAACCAGGUAUGAGGUUUAUUUGUAUGUGGAAAUGGAGUUCGCUAUAUCAGGUUUCCUCUGGCCUCCUUCGCAAAAUCUACAUUUAAAAAUAGAGCUCCGUUCUAAAAACGAAAAAGAAGAAGAACAGCUGUAUCUUAGAUGACCCACGAGUGUUGUUGUAUAAUGAUAUAAAGAUCAUAAAUGCACGAAGAGAGCUUUUGUUUUUGUACACUUACUUUUUAUUGUGCUCUUCAUU